AUGGAUCAUACAGGUGCAUUUGGCUCUGGGAAAAGCAGAACAGAGGAUCCAGUAGUUGGGGGCAGCCUGCUUUUGACAUAUACAACUGGCUAUGUUGCUCCACUUCUUCUUGCUGCUUCUUUUGCUGGAGCGUUGCAGAGUCUGCUGUCAUUCCGGAAGUUCUCAGCUUGGAUCAACCCCACCAGCAGAGCGCUACUGUUAGGAGGGGGAGUAAACACUUUCAUGGACAGGCUCUUCCCAGUUUCAAUGUAA